GGAGGAGUUGCGACAGGUGUGGCCAACCACUGGCUGCAUGUUGCAGCUUGAUGGUUGGACAGAUCGCCGACAGAGACCACACAUCAACGUGAUGGUCUCCUUCCCUAAAGGCUCCAUCUUUUGGAGAAGUGUGUGUACGUCACGGCGCAACAAGGGCGCCUCAGCAUACUACGCCAUUCUGAAGAGGGCAAUAGAGGAGAUAGGUGCGGAGGCAGUGGUGGGGGUCAUUAUGGACAAUGCUGCUGUUUGCGCAGCCGUGGGGCGAAUGAUUGAAGCAGAUUACCCUCACAUCUUCUCUGUCCCGUGCACAGCACACUCCCUCGACUUGAUGUUCGAGUCUUUCGCGAAGAUCGGGUGGGUCGGUGCAAUUAUGAAAAGGGCAUCGGAGCUUGCAAAGUUCUUCACUAACCAUUCGCGGGUGCGGGACCUCCUGAUCCAGUACUCCAAUGGCGGUGUAGUGUCAAAACCGGGUGCGACCCGGUUUGCCACGAACUUCAUCAUGCUGUCAAGCCUGCAGGGGUUGUAUUUGCCGCUGCGUACGUGCGUGACAGAUGACGACUGGAAGCCAGCGAUCGUGAAGACGACGCAUUCCAUUUUGGACGACACCUUUUGGGCGGAUGUCGAGAAGGUGAUGCAUACGUCCAAGAACCUGCUCAAACUUUUGAAGAAGGUCGAUGGCACGGGCCCCACCAUUAGCAAGGUGUAUGCCCGUAUGGACAGCGCAGUGGAGAAACUAAGGGAGAGCAAGCACUUUGCAGAAGCGGAGAAGGACGAACUCGAGGAGAUCAUCAUGCAGCGCUGGAAUGCAAUGACAUCACCGCUACAUUAGGUUGCAUAUGGGUUUUGGACGUGGCUUUACUCGUGGUGCAAAGAGUCGUCGUUUGUUGAGGUCGACGCAGAGGUCUGUUGUUGGAUUGAGUGCAGUGGGGUACACAAUUGCGAAGAUGCAAGGACACAGGCCCGUCUGAUGCAGCCGGCGAGGUGGUGGAGGAAGUGGUGCAGUGACAUGUCCAUCCUCCAGAAGCAAGUCGUUCGUUUGCUUGGACAAGCGUCCUCCUCCUCUUGUUGCGAGAGGAACUGGAGCUUGUUCGAACGGAUUCAUAGUCGUCUUCGUAACAACCUCGACGCCAUCAAGCUUAGCACGCUGGUUUUCAACAGAUGGAACCAACGUUUGUUGGAUGCGUUGAUCAAGAAGUCGAAGGCCGAUAAGGGUUCACCGCAAUGGGAAGAGGAUGAACCGGUGAAAGAUCUCACACGGGAUGAGAUGGCCAAGGAUGCACGGAUGCGGUUGGCGGAGUGGAGUGCCCGACUGCACAGAACAGAGUCAGUUAGUGAUGUAGGUGAGAACGAUGACUCACGCUCCGAUGACGACGGCAAUCCCGUUGAAGCACCACAAAUGCCUAUUCCAGAGGAGGUCACAAUCCAACGUCAUCGGCUGCGCAGCAAUCUGCUUGAACUCGAGAGACAACUCAACGAGUCGUGGAGGAAGGCCACAAAGGCUUCCAAGUUUCCGGCCCGGCAACAUUUCCAUGAGUUGGAUCACGCCACGGGGACCAUGACCGUUGAGCAUGCCAACAAAUACAAAGCUGCCAAGGCAAUUGCAAGUGCACCGCCCUCGAUCCCGGCCAAACGAGGGAGAGGGAGACCUCGAAAGGAGGUUGCAACUCGAGGCGGGACAGGUGAUGAGGAGGCUCAGAACGUGGAAGGUGGCAGUUUGGCAGAAGGUCCUGCACCCGCACGUCUCACAAGACAGCGGGGUCGACCGAAGAAGCAGCCCGUGCAAGAGGAGGAGGAAGUAGCGCCAGAAGGGACAAGCAGCGAUGAAAGUGGUGGCGGCGCUGAUGAAAAUGAUGGCGGCAGCGACGAAAGUGAUGGCAACAGUGAUGGUGACGAAGGCAGCGGCGAUGCUGACGACGAGAGCGGUGGCUGCGAUGGGACUGAUGGCAGUGGCAAGGAGGACGAAGGCGAAGGCGACGAGAAAGAUGGUUGUUCGUCGGAGGAAGAGGGCAACUCUGAAUCAGAACCCCUGUCUAAAUUGCGCAAGACAUCCCACUGACGCGCGUGUGUGUCUAUGUGUGUGUGUGUGUGUGUGUGUGUGUGUGUGUGUGUGUGUGAGAGAGAGAGAGAGAGAGAGAGAGAGAGAGAGAGA